AUGGGUAUUGAUGCAAAGACUGUCCAAGAUUUUGUAAGGGGGGUUGUUAAAUUUUCCAUGGAUGCUUGCUGUAAAUGUGUAGAAAAACACCCUUUUGUUUUUGGUGUUGUGUUAGGUUUCUUCCUUCUGUAUUUUUUAAUUCCUUCUGUUUUCUACUUUCUGUUAUUCACUUCUCCAGUUGUUUUCUGCAUUGUUGUUUCCAUCAAAAUUUAUUCCGCAACCCAAAAUUGCAAACUCCAACAGAUUAGUGUCAAAAGGGUUGAUGAGAAAUCAUUUGUUGAAUCCAAGUCUCCUCUGGCUGAUCAUCACGUUGUCCGUAGAAGUGGCGACAAGACGGUUAUACAAAGUCGAAGAAGAAAUUUCAAAGACAAGAACAAUGAAUGGGAUGCAGAAGGUGGUAAGAAGGAGCAAAAGAGCCGGAGAACUCCUAUUGAUGCUUCAGUUGCUGAAAACCAGAAACUAGUCAUGGAGGAGAGGGAAAUUUCCAACCAAAAUGCAGCUACUGCUGAAAAUAUUCAAGCACCAGAAGACUUGUUCAAUGAAACUAGCUUGAAUGAGGAGAAAUUAAAAGAGACAAAUGAGGAGAAAGAAAGUAGUAGUUUGGAUCGCGGAGAAAGUCCAUCCGGAAAUGCAAUUGCCGGUGGAGAUGCUCAAGCACUUGAACAACACCAACCAACCUUGUAUUCUCAACCUUCAAUGGUUGAUCUAAUACACGAUGAACUGGUUGACCAGUCUGAAAAUAUUGGUGGUGGCGAGUUGGAGGUGGAAAGUUCGUCUGAUGAUGCAGAAGAUGAAGAAGAAGCACAACAGGAGAGGAAUAAGGCUGUGGAAUGGACGGAAGAUGAUCAACAGAACCUUAUGGAUCUUGGAGAUUCAGAGCUGGAAAGAAACAAAAGGCUAGAAAGUCUUAUUGCUAGAAGAAGAGCAAGGAAAUUAUUCAGGAUGGCAGUUGAGAAAAGAGUUAUAGACCCAGGCUGUGGUUCUCAAGGACAAAUUGCUCCGAUUUCUAUAUUGAGAAGUACCCUUCUGAAUUGUCCUAGUAAUGAAUCUCUUGAAGGCCCUCAUACACCAGGUUCGGCGCCUUCUGUUAUGCUGCCAUCAAGAAAUCCGUUUGACAUUCCCUAUGAUCCAUUAGAAGAGAAACCAAAUCUUAUGUCAGACAGUUUCCAGCAAGAAUUCUCAGCAGCUCACCGGAAGGAUAUGUUCUUUCCCAAACACGAGGGCUUGUGUUGGGGACCUUCUUUCUCAUUAGAAUCCCAGCAGGAUCAAAACAAUUCCAAGUCCUGUUCAUAUGCUGAUGGGAAGAAGCAUGAAGAGAGACUGAGAUUCUCUAGAUUCAGAACCUUUUCAGAUAUGAGUGCUCAUGACCAGCUAAUUGAUAACUAUUUGUGCCAAGGUCAAGCCUUGUUCCGGAUGUUAAGUGCAACUGAUCUUGUGGAAGUAGGAAGCCAGGCUUCCAAACAAUCAAAAAAGGCAGAGGAACUCAAAGCUGGAGACAAAGAACCUGGCACUGGCAUGGCAGGAAUCCAAGAAGAGACAGAUUUUCAGGACGUGGAGUCGAGAUCAACUUAUAGAAGUGAAGUUCAUGGGGACACAAAUUCAGCAAGAGAUCACAGUAGUGAACUAGUUCAUGAGGACACAGAUUCAGCAAGAGAUCACAGUAGUGAACAAUGUUCACCGGCAUCUGAUGACGCCAGUGAAUUGAGUUUCCAUGGAAACCUUCCUACACAUACAGAAAUUUUAGAGGCAAGACCAGGUAAAUUUCCUCAAAAGCUCAGUGACCGUGUCCAAAACUCUCUCACCUUUUCAGUUCCUGAAAACAUAGCUUAUAAUGGAACUGCAUAUGAUUCUAGUCCAUCACCAGUUUACAAGCCAAAACUGGAGAACCGUUUCUUUUUUCGCGAUAAGAUGCCUUGUCCUAGCCCUGUCUAUUCCAUAGCUUCUGACUUGCAGGUGGAGGUCUCAGAACUUGGUUCCCCUCCACUGCCACCUGAUGGAGCCAUGUCACCUGCUGAUAUAGAAUCCUUAUAUGAUGGGGACGUCGAAAGGGAGAUGAUAUUUGGCAGCGAAGAAAUGUUUGGAGCCUCAUCUCAUCUAUCAGGAAUAGAUGAAUAUGAAUCAAGAUCAAGAGAAGUUAAUGAGGUCAGAGAGGAUGAUAUCGUACAAGUAGGAUUUUCUGCUAUCAAGCAAAAUCUCCAGGAUCAGACUUCAUCAUUCACAAGUCCAGAACAUGUUACUGAUCAAGAUAUGAGUAGCACAAGUACAUUGUCAUCUUCAAGAAAUAUAAUGCCCGAAAAAGAUGAAGCUCAUUCAAAGAACCCAAAUAAUAAAAUCUCCGAAAAUGCCAAACAAAUAGGGGAAGAAGUACAUAGGGUCCCUAAACUUUCAGAUGCAUUGCCACCUAAAAUUCCACAAAAACCUCUGCACCCAAUGAAAGAGUCAGUGCUUCACCAACCUUGUGGAGUUUAUUCUGAGAAGCCACAGGAAUUAUCUAAUCCCCCUCAAAAGUCAGCAACAGAAGGGAAUGCUGUCUUUAAUGCUGGUGAUCAAGUAGUCCAUCCAAAGAAUGACGACAUAGUAACCAAGAACAUGGCUUUGACAGACCUGUCACAACCAGCUGAGAAAAUUACUUCGGAAUCUAGCAAGCACAUUGAGAACAAUUCUACUGACAAGCCCGCUGAGCAAAAAACUGUCUCAGAGCCUCAAGAAGAGACGAAAGAAAAUAAAAGCACAACGUUUAUCGGAAGAGAUCCUGGAGAGCCAAAUGAACCUGAAGACGUAGGGGAAAUGUCGAAGAUAACUGAGGCGAGAGACACUUUGCUAUCAGUUCAAGACAGUAAAGAUGAGCAAAGCAUCACUGAAGGAGUUUCUGGGGUAAAUCAGAGUUAUGAUAACCCCAUUGUGCAUCCCCGGCAGCCAAUGGCAUUUAUUUCUGAGCAAAUUUCUGCUCGCUCAAGUUCAUGCUCAUCUCCAAGGUCUGUAUUACCAGGAAAUAUCCCAAAAGAUCAAAUACCCUCGUCACAUGUGGAUCGUCAGGUAAACGCCAAUGUCCAGCAAACCAUUGUGGAUGGCAUAGUCAGAAAUAAUUCAGGGGACGAAGUAGAACCUGAAAGCUUACCACUGACUGCUCCUCAGGAUUCACAGCAUUGGGUAGUGAAUCCAUUAAAAUACCCAUCAACUAGUAGCAGUUCCGGAUUAUCUGAGGAACCAUCUGUUGAAGUUGUUGAAGGUAAAUCAGAACCAGUGAUCAAUCCUGUGGCUGCUACUGUAAAAUUAGAAGAUGCUCAUGAAACCGAUCCAGGACCUGUCGAUCAUAUUGAAGGAAAAUCCCAAACUGUGCCUGACUGUAAAGCAGGCAUUAGCUCACUAGAACCAGAAGAGAAAAUUGAAAAUUCAGAUUUCCCUGGAACUAUAGUGAAAGAAGAGGAAACCCCAAAUUGUUCAGAAAAAUCCACCAAAGAAGCCAACAACAUCAGUGAUCCAGCAGUCAAUAAGAAAGAAGAUAAGGAGGAGUUAAAAUCUGUGGAAGGCAGUAAAAAUGAACCCCAACUUCCUAGGGGGAAGCUGACAGAAAAUGAAGUUACUGUUGGUCCAUCAAACUCAAUUGAAGGAAAUGAGAAUUAUAGCGCCAGCAAGGCCAGAGAGGAUAUUAUGCGCUUUACAGAACAAGUUACUUCUGAAGACAACUUAGAAGCAGUUAACCCAAUUGAAUCCAAAAAUAUCAUGGAAUAUGAAGUUUCCAAACCCACAAUAACAGCUGCUGAAACUGCAUCGCAAGAGGCACCAUCUCACCCUGUUCAGCAGAAUAUCAUGCACACAUUGAUUGAAAUGAGCGACAAGAUAACCUUGAUUGAUCCAGUGAAUUUUGCGGACCAACCAGAGCCAAUUAAGGCUAUAGCUGAAGGUGAUACAAUGUACAAUAUGAAAGAAACAGAAACAGGUGCCAAUGACAACAUGAGCAACAAUAAUGAGGAGAAUUUUGCAGACCAACCAAAGACAAGCAAUGCUACAACUCAAUUUGAUAUCUUGCAGAAUGCCAAUGAAACUUUAGGCAACGAGACUGGCAGCAUGAAUAGCUUGAUUGAUCAAGAACAAAUUGCAGAACAACCAAGUCCAGUUAAGUCUCCAACAGAAGUUGAUGUGAUGCACAAUAUGAGCGAAACACUUCACACUGAAAUGAGUAACAAGGAAAAAGCUUGA